UACGAAACGAAUUUCCGAAAACAACAGAAUGAAAUUGGAGUGGUUUUUCAUUUCGUAAUGUGCGUUGACAAGAAUAACAGUGAAUAAUAUUGUUUCUAAAAGAAUGUUUUCCGUAAAAGAGUUGUAAAUAUAUCAAAUUGAGCUUUUGACUUAGCGACAAUAUUGUCGUAGCAGAGUAUCAUAACUAUAGUGAAGUGUUUGUUGAUAUUUUGGAAAUUUAUUUUUGAGGCCCUUUGCGGUUAAAAUAAAAUGGCGUUGUAUGCUUUGUAUGAACACGCAGCUGGCUACGCGGUUUUCAGCGUAAAUGAGUUCGAAGAAAUAUCGAUGCUAUUGCCACAGGUAGAGCAAAGUGUAACUGAUUUAUCACGUUUUAAUGCACUUGUUAAGUUAGUGGGCUUUUCCCCGUUUAAAACCGCAGUUUCAGCCUUGGAGAAUGUUAACGCUAUCUCGGAAGGGCUUGUCCCAGAUGAUUUAUUAUCUUUUUUGGAUAGUGUGCUUCCAAAAGCAUCAAAAAAGAAUAAAUUUACGCUUGGGGUAGCCGAUCCCAAGCUGGGAGCAGCUUUAGCUGAAGCGCUAAAAAUUCAAUGCUCUCAUAUCGGCGCUGUUCCAGAAAUUCUGCGUGGUAUACGUCAUCACUUUCCUAAGCUUGUCAAAGGGUUUUCGGAAAAAAGUGCGGGUGUAGCUCAAUUGGGUCUCGGUCAUAGCUAUUCACGUUGCAAAGUUAAGUUCAAUGUUCAUCGUUCGGAUAACAUGAUCAUUCAGUCGAUAGCGUUACUAGAUCAGUUAGAUAAGGAUAUAAAUACUUUUUCUAUGAGAAUUCGUGAAUGGUAUUCGUAUCAUUUUCCGGAGCUGGUGAAAAUUGUGCCAGAAAACUAUCUAUUUGCUAAAGUCGCUCAUUUCAUUAAGGAUCGCAAGUCGCUAAGCCAGGAGAGUUUGGAGGGACUGGAAGAAGUUGUAAUGGACUCGGAAAAAGCUCAGGCCAUCAUUGAUGCUUCUAAGAUGUCAAUGGGAAUGGACAUCUCAGUGAUCGACUUGUUAAAUAUUGAAAUGUUCGCUAAAAGAGUGGUUAAAUUAUCUGAAUACCGGCAUCAGUUGGCAGAGUAUCUGCAUUCUAAAAUGAAUAAUGUGGCUCCAAAUUUGCAAUCAUUAAUUGGGGAUCAAGUUGGUGCAAGGUUGAUUUCAAAGGCUGGCAGUUUAACAAAUCUGGCCAAAUAUCCCGCGUCAACAGUGCAAAUACUAGGUGCUGAGAAGGCAUUGUUCAGAGCGCUUAAAACCAAAAGCAACACACCUAAGUACGGAUUACUGUUCAACUCCACGUUUAUUGGGCGAGCAACCGCCAAAAAUAAAGGACGCAUUUCUCGGUUUCUGGCCAAUAAGUGCUCGAUUGCAUCUAGGAUUGACUGCUUUACCGAGAGUCCAAACAACGUAUUCGGAGAAGCGUUAAAACAACAAGUUGAAGAUCGGCUCAAAUUUUAUGAAAGCGGAGAAACACCUCGCAGAAAUCUAGAAGUCAUGAAAGAGGCAAUGGAAGCAGCAGCAGAAAUCAGUGCCGUUCAAUCCCAGUCGCAGCCAAGCGCAAAAAAGAAGAAGAAAAAUAAGAAACGUAAACAUGAAAACAAGGAUGCUAAUGGAGAUGCUGAUGAAACGUUAGACGAAACCGCAAAUGGCAAUGGAUUACCCGAUGAAACAAUACAGCAGUGUGAAGCUGAGACCGAGAGAGAGCCCAAGAAGAAGAAGAAAAAGAAGAAUAAAAAUAAGGAAGUUGAAGUGUAGUUACUCAUAUUGAUUGUAUAACUCCUUAGGCAUGAGGUUUCCUUUAAUGCGACUUUUUUUUUCAUUUACAUUUAGUGGUAAGAAUAUGUUCUGCCAUCGUAUAUGUCUUCUAAAAUUUAAAAGAAUAAAUAUAAUCUAGAAACA